UCAGAUUAAUAACCAAAAACAAAAGAGCAGACUAAAUGUUGCAGAGAGGUUUGGAUUCUAUCUUUGUUGAAAUUCGCUCCUUUCAACUCUCCAUUAACCUUUGACCUUCUGAAUUUUCUUCUACUCACUUUUUUCCUACAUCUACUAUUUCAAUUCUUUGUUGAAUCUCGCGUUCAAUUUGAAAAAAAAUUGAUCUUCAACGAGUUCUACUAUCCAUGUCGUCAGAUAUUAGCUAGACUCCUCUGCCAUAUUUUCCGCCCUCUGUAGUUUUUCACUUCAUCUUCAACGACUCGAAAAUAUUCUCGUUCUAAUCCAAAGAAAAGAUGGCUAAAUUCAGUAACGUCUUCAACGGAGUUAAUUGCGACGAGAGUUUCAUGAUUGAUCUCUCGAGUUUGAUCUUGUAAUUGGCAUCUGCGACCAAACCAUUUGAAAGAUCUUUUUUUUUUCUUUUUCUGUUUUUGUUUUUGGGAGUAGAGGAAUGGGAACGGAUAGUUUGUUACUGCCAACGGUUGGACCGCCAAUUAAACCGCGAGCGGGGUUGAGGAGAAAACAGGCUGGAAGAGGCUCUUACAGAGGAAGCUAGGGGCUUUAUUGCGAACAAAAAAUAGGUUGGGGGUGAUUUUGAUUGAAAAUUUGUUGCUUUUAGUUGGAGUUUGGGGAGGGGGAGUUUGAACAAAAUAAAAAGUUGGGUUUCUUUUUUUUCUUUGAGGAGAUAGGGAUGGGUAGCAGUACAACUAGCAGUGGAUUGUACCAGAUACUGAGAAGUCUCUGUCUCAAUACUGAGUGGAAAUACGCCGUUUUUUGGAAGCUUAAGCAUCGAGCUCGAAUGGUGCUGACUUUGGAGGAUGCAUACUACGACAAUCAUGACCAACGUGGUCCUUCUGAGAAUAACUGUUUCCGAGAUACAUUACAAAACUUGCACACAGGAUGUUAUUCACAUGACCCCCUUGGUUUAGCAGUGGCAAAUAUGUCUUAUCAUGUAUAUUCACUAGGGGAAGGGAUUGUUGGACAGAUGGCAGUUUCUGGAAAGCAUCAGUGGAUAUUUGCGGAUGAGCAUGUUAACAGCUCCUGCUCAUCAUUUGAGUUCCGUGAUGGUUGGCAAAGUCAAUUUGAAGCAGGGAUCAGGACCAUUGUUGUUGUUGCUGUUGUUCCACAGGGAGUUGUGCAGCUUGGCUCCUUAAAUAAAGUAGUUGAGGAUGUGAAGCUUGUGAGUCACAUCAGAGAUGUUUUUUUUGCUCUUCAAGAUUCUUCUGUAGGGCAUAUUGCCAACCCGAUAGAAUGUAGCAUGAAGAGUUCAGUUUUUGAGCCCGAAUUACAUACAAAACUAUUAGAGUCAGAAAUUAUUUCUUUAGAUAAAGCUGUAGACAAAGAAGGGCCAGAUUUUUUGUUGCCUGAGUUUUCACAUCACCAAAAAUGCAGUGAUAGUUCAUUUGUUUUUCCACUGUCCAGUAAUCCUCAGAAAGGGCUUGAGCUAUCCGCAGCAGGGCGUGAUGAGAGUGCGAAAUUGCUGACGCCAAGAUCAAAUGUUUCCAACUUGGAGCAUCUAAAUCAGUUGGGGAGGAAUCUGAUAAACAAUGUGGUAUGCAAAGGGGAGACUAGUGGGUGGAAAAGUGCACGAAUGGGACCAGAAAAUGUUUACGCAAGCCAUCCUGUUGUGGGUAGUACAACCUGCGGCUCAAACUUCCUUCAACCUGCAGUUAGUGAUACUGUUAAGUUGGGUGGUUUGAAUUCUUAUCAAAAUGAAGUGUUGGACAUUCCUGAAUCUUCAGAUGUAAAAUUUCUAAAGGACCUGAAGUUUGGGAAUCUAAAUGAUUUAAGUGACUUGGACUCUAUAAACACCUCCUCAAAGUUUUCUGCUGGUUAUGAGCUUUACGAAGCACUUGGACCAGCUUUUCUGAGAAAGAGUAUCUAUACUGAUUGGCAGGUAGAAAAAACAGAAGCUGGAACUGAAAUGCUAGAGGGAAUGAGCAGCAGCCAAUUAACUUUCGAAUCUGGUUCAGAGAAUCUCCUAGAAGCUGUAGUGGCAAAUGUUUGCCAUAGCGGCAGCGAUAUCAAAUGUGAGAGAUCAUUUUGCAGAUCAGCACCAUCAUUGGUGACUACUGUAAAUACACCUGAUCUUUCAAGCCAAACAAAUUUUACUAUUAGUUCAGCAGGUUAUUCAAUUAAUCAGUCUUCUCUAGUGGAAAAUAACACACAGCAAUUCCUGAAUUCGUCAAAGUUAUGUGGUGCAAUGUCUUCAAAUGGGUUUUCUUCUGCUGGCCCUAGCAACUGCAGUGAGCAGUUAGAGAGGUCUUCAGAGCCAGCUAAGAACAAUAAAAAGAGGGCUAGACCUGGUGAAAAUCCCAGGCCUAGGCCAAGGGACAGACAACUCAUUCAAGAUCGUAUUAAGGAGCUAAGGGAGCUUGUGCCAAAUGGAGCAAAGUGCAGUAUUGAUUCAUUGCUGGAGCGCACAAUCAAGCACAUGGUCUUUCUGCAAGGCAUCACAAAGCAUGCUGACAAGCUCAGUAAAUGUGCUGAAUCAAAGAUGCAUCACAAGGGAGCUGGCAUGCUUGGAUCAUCCAAUUAUGAACAAGGUUCAAGCUGGGCAGUGGAAGUGGGAAGCCAUCUAAAAGUUUGCUCAAUAGUAGUGGAGAAUAUAAACAAAAAUGGGCAGAUGCUUGUAGAGCUGUUGUGUGAGGAAUGUAGUCAUUUUCUUGAGAUAGCGGAAGCCAUCAGGAGCUUGGGCCUGACAAUUUUAAAGGGGGUUACAGAAGCACAUGGUGAGAAGACUUGGAUAUGUUUCGUGGUUGAGGGACAGAACAGAGUUAUGCAUAGAAUGGAUAUCUUAUGGUCGCUUGUGCAAAUUCUGCAACCCAAGGCUACAAGCUAGCUGCAAUGGCUUGUCAUCUCUUGGAAGUAGUAACAUUGGCUGUUAGUGUAACAUAUUGUGAGUGUUUUGAGAUUUUAGAUUGGCUUUAUGGUUUUUGGACUUAGUCUUUGCCCUCCAGCCCCUAAAAGAAUAUCUAAAUUAGGGGAAAAGAAGAGAAGGCAUACUUAAGAAACAUUUUCUGAAGAUUAUUUUUGCUUCUGUUCUUCAUGGUUUGUGGAAAUGCCAUCUACCAUUUUCUUU